AUGGCCACGGAGGCGGCAAUGGAAAGCUCGGAUGAAUCCUCGGCCCCAUCCAGGACAGGAACGGGGACACGCAGCCCUCCGAGGGGACCUCCGCCGCCACAGCCGAUCCAGGCCCUGGCACCGCUGUCGCACAGGUUAUCCAGUGCGAUCGGGCAGGCCUUGCGGGAGUCAGGUCUGGACCCACAGUGGGUCCUGACACAUGUCCCAUGGGACUGGCAGCAGUUCACCUCGGUCACGGUCCGCAUCGAGCACUUACGCCACAACGACCAGGUGCACCCGAACAUCCUCUUCGUUGGGGAUGACGUCGACACCAUCGGCCCGGACGCCCCUUCUUCGUCGGCGGCUAUAGCGGUGCAAAUGGAAGCAGAGGGCAGGGCGAGGAUGACAGCGGCUGAGAUGGACAUGUCGACCCAGCGCCUCCCACUUCGGCUUCGGCUACGACGACCUCCGCUCCGGCGACCUCUUCUACGGGCCGCGUACCACUGCCCCCAGGACCACCACCAGGAUGGCGAGGACCGGAACGGCGGGGCGUACUACAAAGGAGUGUGGCGAGAACAUCAGUGGUUCCGGCCGGUCGAGACCUACGCCACAGAUGUGGCAUUGGACAUUUGCGUCCUUCAAGAAACGCGGUGGGCCUACGAUGCGAAUUGGAGUACCCCAGACUUCCAUUUCAUCCACUCGGCAGGUGCAGCCUCCGAGGACAAAGUCGGGGGGCUACUGACCAUGGUCUCGACUCGACUUGCCAAGUCCUCAGAGAUACAGUUCCAUGCGGCACAUCCGGGCCGGCUUCUACAUGUCAGAAUCAAUCGAUCCCAUCCCAUCGACGUAAUGAACGUCUAUCAGUACACUGCCAACGAUCACAAGCUCACUCCUGCACGCAGGCAGCAGUUCCUCACGAAGCUCCAGAAGACUCUCCGAGGCGAGUCCGAGGACCUCAUGGCAAUCCUCUCAGCUUUUGCUUUGACCGUUCUGAAUACGUGGAACAGGUCUUCUGCCGUCUCCGGGGCACUCGCGGAUCUCAGACAACAGGUCCAGCAGAAGCUCGCUGCUCAAAGUUGGACCAGCUUGCAGCAACUGGAGGAGGGCAUCACCGACAUAGCGACCAAGCUCUACCCAGUAUCGCCCGUUGGCACCUCAGACGAGGCAGUCCGCCAAGACCUACAUGACCGGGCAAGGCAUAUGUGGGGUUUGUUUCGAAGUAUGCGCUCACAAAAAUUCACGGCGCAAGGUGUGGUCACAGCAUGGAGAUUAUGGGCUCAAUUCGUGCAGGCACACCGAGCCCACAAACGGAAGGCCAAAGCCAAAAGCAAAGCCUAUAAGCAGGACUUGUUGGACACGGCUCAGCAAGCUGCGCGGCGAGGCGACAUGCACCAGGUGUGGAAGGUGGUGCACACACUUGCUCCGAAGGUCCGGCGCAAGCCCUUGCAGCUUUAUCGGGACGGACACAUCAUGACCCCGGAAGCGGAACUGGAUUGGAUCAUAGAGGCCUUCGGGGAGCGAUAUGGAGCCAGAGCACCUCCUCAAACCACCCGAGCACGGCAGUUCCCACCAGUUCAGGUCUCCGAGGCGGAAGUAUGGCAUCAACUCGAGCAUCUCCCGGUCCGCAAGGCUGUACCACGAUCGGCUGCACCCUCGGUCCUAUGGCGGGCUUGUUCAUCGGAGAUUGCACAUUUCAUUACUCAGCAGUUCAAUCUUCAAUGGCAGCAACCGGAUCUACAAGUUGAGCAGGAUUGGGCCGAUGCCUCUGUUGCACUUCUCCCUAAGCCAAAGGGUAAAAAUGACAAACCGCUGGAAUGGAGGCCAAUCGGCCUACAACAUCCCAUCGGGAAAGGACUGAUGAAGAUCCUCAUCACCAGGGCCAAGGCGCUGGAGCUCGCACAGAUCGACCCCUCAAUUCAGGAGGUACUUAUGCAAUGGUUAAGCCAGGUCAAGUACAUCUUUCGCCACAAACAACAUGAGAAGGAAAUCUGGCCCAGUUGGGGCCUGCGACAGGGAUGCAUCGGAAGUCCGGUGCUCUGGUCGGCUUUCACAGCUUUACUUUGCAAAGCUAUAGAUUUGCGCAUGAGGCAAUCAUGGUGCUCAGAUCAUGCCACUUUGUACGCUGACGACAGCCACCUUCGCUGGACCUUCCAGACCGUAGCCCAGUUUGAGCAGGCUAUUUGCGAGCUCAAUUGGACAUUCGCUGUCUUCAGGAGACUGGGCAUGCAGGUCAACCGGGAAAAGACACAGGCCAUUCUUUCAGUCACGGGUGACAUCCGUCACAAAAUACAGAAGCUGUAUGUGCGGAAGCAGGAUGGUAUUCGUCGACUACUACUAUCCCCGGGAGACCCCACUGAGUGGAUCCCUCUGGUGGACAAAGCGGAGUACUUAGGCCUCAUCGUAUCCUAUGAACAGUUUGAGUGGCAGUCGGUGAGACAUAGAGUCGUCAAGGCACACAAGCGACGCUGGGCCUUGGCAUCGCUUCUGCAUGCCAAACGCGUGUCCAUCCCUUAUAAACUUCGCUUAUGGCGAAGCUGUGUUCAGUCUUCCAUGAUGUACGCACUACAUUGUCUUUGUCUACAAACAGGGCAAAUUCGAUAUCUACAACGUGCUAUCAUGAAGCACAUCAGGGCCAUCACCUCAGACCAGGCCUUCCUCACGGGCAACACACAUGAAUUUAUCUCGGCCAAAUACGAGGUCCAAUCAGCUCAUGAUCUUCUGAGACAGGCUCAUGCAAGUGAGCUUAAGGUGGCUGGCCUGGGAGACUGGAUCCUUGAACAUGACUACAAUCAGGCCAUCAGUCACAGCCUACAGGAGGAUAUCACGCAUCAGGUGCAGGACUCAGACGAGGAAUCCCAUGCAUGGACCUGCCCGGUUUGCAUGGAGCAGUUCCCCACAACAGCGGCUUUGAAGAUACACGCUAGAAGAAAGCACAAGUUGGUCGAUCGUCCAGCUCAGGUAUUCGACCGCACCAAACACUCGAUAGCGGGUCUUCCACAGUGCUCGGGAUGUUUGAAAAAGUUCAGCAGAUGGCAGACUCUUGAGUGGCAUAUCAAUCAUCAUGCGUGUCCGGCCAUGAAGUUCGCUGCAGAGCAGAAUAAGACAGCUAUGCCAACACAGACUGACACAUCCAAUGCUCAGUCCAGCCAGCCUGACCAGCCCCUCGGCUACCAGGCUCAGAGUUCCGAGGAUCGAGAGAUCACUACACUGACACAGCCAGUUGAUGAUGCUUCCGAGCAGCUUCCCAUGAUUCAAAGAUCACAUGUACAACAUCUGGUUGAACAGGGGCCCAAUAGCUUCAUUCGAUUCUCUUCGUAUACUGAUCACAUGCAGCACUACUGCGUCAUUUGUGGACAAUGGGUCGUGUCACAACGUGUUAUGAAGCUCCACUUCCAGAACACACAUGGUGACUUGUACAAACAGCUCAGCAAGAUAGCCAAGCGGAUCAUCGAUCAGCGAGAACGACCGAUGGACGAGGACAUGGAGGCUUUCUUUGGCGGGGUCAGGGACGCACGGCACACCAGUCCGUUUCCGCCGGAUCCCUUCCAAGACUACUCAGCGGAGAGCCAGCUGGACAAUGGGCCCAACAAAAGGCGACGAGAACCUUUUGCGAGCAACAAGCAUCAGCCACACUCGCACGGUCGGAGCCCCUUCAGCCACUACAACCAGGCCCCGAUGCCCACGCAGCACAGAGAUCCAUUACUUCAUACUUUAACAAAAACAGUGCUGCGCCAACAAGAAGAACUACGAAUCCUACGUCAAGAUACAGCCUUCAUCAUUUUCCUGAAGCCGGGGCAGGACUCAAUCAUGCACCACCUGUACCAAGUUGCGGUACAGUUCAAGGCGAGGCAAGAAGCGGAGCCAACUUGGUCUUUGGGUCAGUUCCCACUUCGUAUGGUGUUGGCCAAUGCCCUCUUCCGGGAGCUCAUCGACAGGCUGAACAAAGUCCUGGCCUCACAGGAUCGCCUCAAAGCGGUCAUGGAACAAGGCUGGCGGGACGACAAAGGAUGGAGAUUCCAAGCAUGGAAUCGAACCAUGCGUCACCUCGAGCACGACAGGAACAGGCCAUCCAUCCCGGACGACAAACUCCUGGAUCACCUGGCCACCAUCACCCAGUGUCUGAAAGCAGUCAUUAUCACUCGCUUUUGCUGCACCCGCAAAAUGACGGAGACGAUGUCGUCUCCGGCGACAUUCAAGAUGGACAUAUCAUUGCGCAGCCACAGUGCAUUGACCAUGUGGGACACCAUGAGGGCUCUCCAGGGGAAUGCAGUCUUUCAGCUAGUGGGCAUGGGAUUCAAGACGGAGUCUCUGGGCAGAGGCCCGGAGGAGCAAAGGCUCAGGGACAUGGUCUUCGGCCGACGCUGA